UGUAAAAUUUACAAGUUGUUUGGUAUUUUUGUUACUAAGAGCUCAUAAAAUGUUACGUGCCUUAAUAUUGGCGGCAUUAAUUUGUGUCUACUGUGGCACACUUCCUUCAAUGGCUGCCCAGACAUUUUCAGUUAAUAGGCGUCCCAUAACAAUAACCACAAAUGGCAUACCACCACCGCCAUCAUCAUCAUCACUCGCGACCAGCAAGCCUGAUCAAGUAAUUGAUUCGAACAACAGCAACCAACAACAGGAUGAAGAACGUUAUUAUCAUCCGGCCGAGGACAAAAAACCAAGAGUUUUAGAAGAAUUUAAUCGUAAUUUUAAGGAUGGAAGUUAUGAAUACAAAUUCAUUUUAAGCAAUGGUGUCACACGCUAUGAAAAAUCCUACUGGAAACCAAUGGGACUUGGUGAAAAACUAUUGGCUCGCAAGGGUUUCUAUUCACACCCACUAACAAAUCAUAAAUAUUUAACAGUAUUCUAUACGGCUGAUGAAAAUGGCUAUCAACAAGAUACAUCCAAAUAUACGAAUGUUGUACCAACGUUGCCAAAGCAUUUGCAAGUACCUCAGCUACAAUUCCCACAGGAGACGAUAAUAAUAACGAAUCCAACAACAACAACACGUAAACCAACUACUACAACACGUAGAACAACUACAACGACACGUAGACCAACAACUACAAGAAGAACCACAACAACAACUACGACACGUAAACCUAAAACUACAACAACACGACGACCGGUGGUAAAACCUUCCGAAUUCAGCUGGAUUUACUAAAACAUAUAAGGAGGAAUAAAGAAAAAAAACAGUAUAUGUUUUGCUUUUUAGAUAGAGGAAUGACAACAAAAACAACAAUAAUAUUAAAAAUAUGUAAAAUAAAUGCAGGCAAAUAGAGCUACUCACUGAUAGACAAACAGGAAACCGGAUAUAAAAAAAAAUCUAAAAUGAAAGAAACUAAAGUGAUACCAAAACAAAUAAU